GAUCGUUAUUUAAGGUUGAUUGCCGAUUGUCAACAAACUGUAUCUGUAUUAGCCAUCUUUCCGACGCAUCGAUUUAAUUUUUUAAUAAAUCCACGAGGGAAUUUUCCUUAAUAUUCAUUAGCUAUUCUGACAUUCGGCGAAGACGUUUGCCAGCGGCGCGGAAUCAAACACCAGUGAACGCAGGCCGAAAGAAAGUACCCUGCUGAACAGGAUCUUAACGCGUCAUGUUUCAGCACUUUUACUGCUAAGAUACCGUCGCACUCAUAACGCGUGGAAAAUCAACCAACGAUCCAUGAAAUUCUGCGCAAAAUUCUCCUCUGUUAUUAUCAUUUUUCCAUCCGCAUCAUCCGCGUUUUUGGAACCGGAUAUCGCAUGUUCAUCUGCUAACGCCGGUCUCAGCCAUUGGCUUAUAAUUUAAUUAAAACAGAAACUCUAAAACGGCGCCUUAAUAUCCGAUUAACUUGUUGUAUUAUUCAGAAUGAUUUGCCGAUGGAAUUAUUACCAAGCUUAUCUUUUUACAUUAUUUCUUCCCUUCCUGAAGUCCCAUCCCACCGGAAAUGUAUAUACACUUGAGAAUUCUUUAUCCGGUUAUUUAAUACGGCAUUCCCGCGAUCUGACGUUUAAGCCCUUUAACAUUAUGACGCCGCUCAACUUCAGCGCCCCACACCAGAUCUCCAUCGAGGAGCUAAAGAAGAUGAACCAGAAUACCGGCUUCUCCUCGUCCACCUUUACUGCCCAGGCCCAGCGCAUCGACACCAAGAAUCCCAGACUGGAUUUGGGGACAUCGUUGUCCGUGGCCAUUGAUAUCAAUGGUCCGUUGGGGGAAGUAGGCAGCUCCUUCAAGGGAUCACAGAACACCGGUGCGGCGACUUCCCAGGCGGGGGCGUUGACCGGGACCAAAAAGGGCAGCAAGGGACCGGCCAACGCACAGACGGCCGCCCAGGCCAACAUCCUGGUGGAUGAUCCCAACGCGGAGGCCUCGGCAUCCGUGCUCAACACAGCCAAUGUGAUCAUGUCGGGGAAUGCGAAGGGCAACGCGCAGUCAGCGGGUUCGGUGAACACCAAGUCGCCGGAUGAGACAAUAACGACGGCAGCGCCACCAGCAGCGGCGCCUACAAAAUUAGCUGCAUUGGAAAGCCCGAAGAAGUUGGCCACGGUGGAGACCACGCAGAAACCGAUUACCGUCGCGCGCACUACUAGCACAACAACGACGACGACCAGCACCACCACAACGACAACAAGUACGACGACGACGCCUCUACCAGCUCUGCCUUUAAUGAAUACCGAAACACAAGGCACGGAUGCACCAGCGGAAGGAGGAACCGACGCUGAUACCACCACUUUGGCCAACUCAGAUCAAACCACCGAAAUCGGCGGUGGCGGGUCCGUUGACUCUGAAGACCAGGACGAGCGGCCGCACCGGGGUCGCCACCGUCGUCCCCCACCUCCACCGCGACGACCCAUGCACGGGGGCUUUAGUCGUGGAGAGCAAUUCGGCAUUAAUCGCUUCGUGGGACAGCAGCUCAACCGGGGCUAUCUCCAAACCGGACCCAACUUUCCCACCAACAGAAAUGGUAACACGCCGGUUAUGAAAACCUUCCAGCUUCAAUUCUCCCUAGACAGCCCGAGCGGUGGCCAGUUUCAAAAGCAAGAAAUGCGCUUUGCGCCAGCACCACUACAAUUCGGCGCAGCGCGACCUCUUCAGUUCGCUCCGUUUCUAUCCAGUUUUGCGCCUCUACCCAGCAUUUCGCGUUCCGCCGAUAGCGUACCACGUUCAUAGAACGUUCCACGCGGACUGUGUAACUCCGAAAGCAGAUGUUCAUUGCUAUCUAACAUUUUUCCCGUUUUUCUGGUUGACGCACUACUACACAUACUGAAUUACGAUUGGUUUAUACUGCAUAUUGUAUUUACAUUCUAUAUAAGCUAUGGAAUCACAAUCAAUCAGUCAAAGAAAACCCGCUGAACCUUACGUAAUCCACGGAGAAGAUCGGACUAUUAGGGAUCAAUAACGCGCGUUAAAAUG